AUGCACACUUCGCGAAAUUUCUUCCAAUAUCGCAGCAUGCUCGCUGCUGCCGGAGCUAUCGCUCCUUCUCCAAUGCUACCUUACUUGCCCUUGGUUAUAAAGGAUCUUACUUUUUUGCAUCUCGGAAAUGCCUCUCGGACACCUGAAGGCCUGAUAAACUUUGUAAAGCUGCGCAUGAUCGCCAAAGAGGUCCGGGCUACCUGUCGCAUGUGUAACGUUGAAUAUGAUCAAGCUACUGCUCGUCGUCUCCUCCGUGGUGCCUCAUCGAUCAUGUCUGUUACCAGCAUGUCUCCCUCUACUGGUCUAGCUGGUGGAGUAGGUGGUUUCUUACUUGGUGUGGCCUCAGCUGCAGUAGCCGUAAAUCCAGUUUCUACCACUGCUAUCGGGACUGCCUCCAUCAUCUCCUACCCU